GAGGGUGGCAGCCUUAUAGAGCAGAAUUCGCAAAGGUGGCAACCACGCGCGGCGACUGAAUAAAAUAAAAUAAAUUUGGAAUUUAAGUUAUAAGUUAAAGCACAAACAAUGGCUGCCACCACAAGCUCACCCGGGAAAGCCGAGAUGAUCGAUCUGACCAAGCUGAGUCCGGAACAGCUGAUGCAGUUUAAGCAGGAAUUCGAGCAGGAGAUGACCAAUAUACAGGAAUCGCUGUCGACACUGCAUGGCUGCAAAGCUAAGUACGCCGGCUCCAAGGAGGCCCUGGAAACCUUCCAGUCGAACUGGGAGAAUCGUCAGAUCUUGGUUCCUCUGACCAGCAGUAUGUAUGUGCCAGGGCGCGUCAAGGAUCUCAAUAAUUUUGUCAUAGAUAUCGGCACCGGCUACUACAUCGAAAAGGAUUUGGACGGCUCUAAGGACUACUUCAAGAGGCGUGUGGAGUACGUGCAGGAGCAGAUCGAAAAAAUCGAGAAGAUUCAUCUGCAGAAGACACGCUUCCUCAACUCUGUGAUCGGCGUGCUAGAGCAGAAGCAGGCGGCUGCCGUAAAAAUGCUGCAAGCCCAGCAGCAAUCCCAGACGGCAGCACCCCAGAGCUCCUAGAACCACGCAGGACAAAAGAGAUAGACACAGAGAGCAUUAAAUUAUUAAACUUAUAAACGAGA